AUGUUGUAUGGUUCAAUUGGACCAUAUUCUUUACAUAUAUUACUAUAUAAUACAGAACCUGAUAGUUCUUCAUUUGAAACACAGUCAUAUGAUUGUAUCUAUUAUACUUAUACUGAAGAUUCCGAGUCAAAAGAUGUUCGACAACCAAUAAAAUAUUGUAUUCGAACAAAUCAAUCAAUUGAAUUAACAAGAAGUUUUUCAACCGAUAUGAACGACCAUGACUGUUUGCAACGUGGGAAAAAAUAUGAUUUUAAAGUAUUGAAUAAAAUGAAUAUAAUACCAUAUGAUUUAUUAAUGUGGAAUUCAGGCGUUGGAUUAGUUGAUAGAUAUGCGGCAUAUUUAAACAAUUCUACUGAUCACAAUAAUCUUUUCAUUUGUAAUUGUACUAAAGAUGGUACAUUUGGUAAAUUUUGUGAAUAUGAAUUGAUUACUUUGCUUAAUCCAAAAAAUUUUGAAAACUCAGUGCGUUUUCUAUUAAUAUUGAGACAAACAUAUCUAUUAGGAAGUCAAAUUUAUGGUCAAAUAAUGUGUUAUCAGCCUUCAUUUCAAUGUUAUUCUGGCUCAAGAUGUCUUGAUUGGCGAGAUAUAUGUGAUGGUAAACAACAGUGUUUAAAUGGUGUUGAUGAAGAUCAUUGCGAAAAGUUGUUGUAUAAUGAAUGUGAUCCUCUGACGGAAUAUCCGUGUUCAAAUGGCCAAUGUAUCGAUCAAGAGUUUUUUCUUGAUGGUUUUUUUGACUGUCAAGAUGCAUCUGAUGAGCAAUUGCUUCCAACUUUACAGUGUAUUAUAAGAGCAAAUUUUCUGUGUGAUGAAUUAAUAUCUACAAGAAAAAUGUAUUUUUCAUGUGGCGAUGGUGAUUCUAUUCUCGAUAUAGCAGUAUUUAGACGCGAUUUAGUUGAUGGUUUAUUAUGUUAUUCGUAUAGAGAUAAAAAUUUUAUGUGUGAACUUGAUCCUUACAAGCCAAUGUGGACAAUGCCAGAUGGUCGAUGUUUAUAUUUUGGUUCACAACAUCCAGAUGAAGAUUAUUGUAGUUUUUUGCAUAAAUGUGCACUGACCAAUGGUCGAAGUAUUGAUUGUCCGUGUAUUGGUAAUCAAUGUCGACAAAAUAUACAAAAUAAUUGUCCUUUAUCUAAAUUUCCACCUUAUAUAGGACAAUUUACAAAAUAUCCAUUAUCACCAACAUAUGCACCAUUUGUUCAUACAUUUUAUAGUAUAACACAUAAUUAUGAGCGAAAUAAAUUACCUGAUAUUUAUGUAUUUAAUGGUACAAUUAAAUGUGUUGGUUAUCAAGUUAAUGCUCAAGAUUAUGUUAUAUCACAUACAGAUCUUUUACAAUUCUGGGGUAAUCGUGCUCAUCAAAGUCCAUUUGAAAUUAGAUAUUGUAUUCUCGGUCUGGAAAUACCACAACUUACCAAUGAUAUGGUUGGUUCAGCGAUGUACGAUCGAUUCUGUUGGAAUAAUACAUAUUCGAAUGAUUUAAUUUUUCAAUGUCCAAUAACGAAUGAUUGUUUAACAAGUUAUCACGUACGAGAUAAUCUACAAAAUUGCCCGACAAAUCAUGAUGAAAUUUUGUCUUCGAUUGGUGAUUGUUCAAAAAUCCAAAAAUAUCGCUUUAAAUGUUCAGAUAAAGAACAUGCAUGUUUCCUACCGGACACAAUUGGAAAUGGAAAUUCUGAUUGUAUACUAAGUAAUCGUGAUGAAUAUGUGGUUGAACAAGAUUUAUUAUUAUCAACUAUUAAAUGUACUGAAAGGAAUUCUAAUGAUUGUAAAUUUUUACGCAAAUAUAUUGAAGAUUCAACUUUGUCCUCCUUUGUUCAAAUUACAAAUUCAUCGAAUGAACUUAGCAUGAUUAAACCAUUAACAGCAAAUAAAAUCCGAUUUCGUGAUUAUUGUAAUUCAUUUUGGGAUAUGAAUUAUGGUUAUGAUGAGACAUUGUGUAAGGAGUGGAAAUGCCCAUCAGAUUAUUUCCAAUGUCAAACAGGGCAAUGUAUUCCUCUCAAAUGGCUUUGUAAUGGUAUCUGGGAUUGUUCGGAUGGAAGUGAUGAAGAAGCUUUUCAACUAAUUACUGAAUUAACAUUACAUAAUUCCAUAUUAAUAUCAGAUUUAAAAUUAAAAAAAGAGGAAUGUAAGCAAGUCAAUCGAAUUCGUCCAUUUAAUACUUUUUGUAAUUCAACAACAGAAUUUCCAUGUAUUCGAAGUGAUGCUAUUAAAAAUCCAUUUAAUUUCACGUUAAGCAAACCAUGUAUACCUUUAUCGAAAAUCGGUGAUGAUGAUAUUGAUUGUCUUGGAGGAAUAGAUGAACGUAAUAAAUUCAGUUGUGCAUCAAAUGAGAUGCUAGGUUUUAACUAUUAUUGCCAAGCUAGUUUUUUAAAAAAUACUUCGCAAUCUCAUUGUCUAUCCACUGAUAGAUUAUGUAAAAUACACUGUCCCGAUAAUGAAGAUGAUUUUAUGUGUUUUUAUGAACGAUAUGUAACUAAUGAAACAAAAUUACGUUGUGAUAAUGAGACAACUAUUGAUUAUACAGAACAUUUAAAUGAUUUUUAUUGUUUAAAUGGAACUUGUAUACCGAACGGAAAAUGUAAUCAACGAAUAGAGUGUGAGUAUGGUGAAGAUGAAUAUUUUUGCAUAACUGGACCUAUGUCAAACUUUCCUCAAAUGUCUCGUUAUCGUAUGUAUACUGACAUUCCACAAUAUUCAUUAAGUCAAUCACAUCCCAUACUUUUAUCUGAUUUUCCAAAACAAGAAAAAGAAACAAUAGUUGAAAGAAUAAGCAACAGUGAAGAUAUGAACUUGAAUGAGCAAAGAUUUAUCAUGAAUACUUCCACUAGUCAACAUAAUCCAUAUGAUAAAGAACUGCCUCCAAACGUUCUUCAUAUUUUGAAUAAUCCACUGUAUCAAUCUCAAGAGGAACAAAGAAAGUUUUCAGAAGUAGCUUGGUUUUGUAAUCGUGGUAUUACAAUAAGUCGAACCGAUCGGUUUUCUAAUAAGAUAUUUUUAGCAUGUCUUUGUCCACCAUCGUAUUACGGUAACCAAUGUCAAUAUUAUAGUGAUCGUAUAACAAUUUUUACUUAUCUUGAUGAUUUAACUGAUACAUUAAAAUCAAAUUUUAAUAUUACACUUAAAAUUUUAUCAUCAUUUUUAUUAAAUGAUACAGUUAUUGAUACACAUGAAUUUCAUUAUACACCAGCUUUGAAUAAUUUAAAAAAGAAACAUAUAUUUUAUUUUGUUUAUCCACGACCGAGAAUUUUAUCAACAAAUCAAUUUUAUUCUGUUCGUUUUGAAUUAUUUCAAUUAUCUAUUAUGAAUUCAACAAUUGAUUUUUUAGCUAUUUGGAAAUAUUCAAUACCGUUUGAUUUUUUACCAGCAUAUCGUUUGGUUAAAGUAUUGAAGUAUAAAGCAAUAAAUCAAACAAAUCAUCUAUGUAAAAUAAAUAAUCCUUGUCGAAAUAAUGCAACAUGUUAUCCAUUAAUGAAUAAUGAUCGAUUUUAUUAUUGUUAUUGUGGUAAUACAUCCUAUGGUCGUCAUUGUGAAUAUACUUCUAACAAUAGUUCUUGUUUAAAUCAUUCGAAUAAUUACUUAUGUCGUCCGAAUUAUUUCAAUUCAAAACCAUAUUUAAUAUGUUCAGCAAAUCGUUUUGGUUCACAAUGUAACAUUGAACGACAAUGUGAUUUAUCUCGUGGUAAAAAUCCAUGUUUGAACAAUGGUUUAUGUUAUAUUGAUUACAAUCCAUCAUAUUUACCAAAUGAUUACAUAUGUUUAUGUUCAAAUAAUAAAUAUUUCGGUGAAAAUUGUCAAUAUCAAAGUAGUAUUAUUAGCAUUCAUUAUCAGAAUUUAUCAUUUUUAAAUGAUGAAUAUAAAAUAAUUGCUUCAUUGAUACAAUUAUCAAGUGUAAUUAAUUUUCAAAUGAUUGUUUAUAAACAAAAUCUAUAUAAAAAUGAACUAUUAACUGGAACAGAUAUUAUUUAUGAUGAUAAAGCUGUACCACCAAUUGGUAUAAUAAAGUUUUUCUAUAAACAACAAUCAUCAAAUUAUCGUGAAAUUUAUUUUUUAUUAUACAUUGCAGAAAAUAGUACAUCGAUUAAUUUAACAUUAGUUUUAAAUCAACAAACUUAUUGUCCUCAUACAAGUCUAUUAUUUAAUAUAGAUGAUGGUACAAUCCUUAAUCAAUCGUUAAAUUUUUAUAAUGAUACAACGUAUCAUUCAUUUAAUUCAUCUUUAUUUAUUUUCAAAUAUCAUUUGUUAUGUGAUAAUAUUAAACAAAAAUCUAGUCUAUUAUGUUUUCAUGAUGAUGAUUACUUUUGUUUUUGUGAUGUAACUCAACAUGCUGAAUGUUUUUUGUAUGAUCGUUCGGUAGAACAAUGUUCAUAUUGUUUAUCUGGUGGUCACUGUAUUCAAGGUGAUUUAAAAAUGAAAUCAGAUUAUUUAUGUUUAUGUCCACAAUGUUAUUUUGGUUCAAUUUGUCAACAUAAUACAAAAGUAUUGAGUUUUAACUUAGAAUCAUUGAUAACUGCAGAUCUAUUUUCAUCAUCUAUUCUUAUUCAAAAAUUAUCGAUCAGUAUUUAUUUAAUAACGGUGAUUAGUCUUUUUCUAUUUGGCUUGAUUAAUAAUUACUUUUGUUUCAUAACAUUUCGUCGUCCACGUCCAAGUCUUAUAGGUAUCGGAUGGUAUCUGUUUAUUAACAGUAUCAUAUCGCAAAUAUCGUUGUCAACUUUAUUACUAAAACUCAUAUAUAUUCUUCUUGGUACACAAAGUUUGAUUACAAAUGAAUUGUUGAAUAUGAUUUUAUGUAAAUUGAUAAGUUUUCUUCUUUCUACAUCAAUAAGAAUGAGUUAUUGGUUAAUGGGUUUUGUUACAAUUGAACGCGUGUAUGUAACAAUGUAUCCAAAAAGAGAAUGGUUAAAAAGUCCUAGAAUAGCUAAACGUAUCAUUUUUAUCACUACAUUGAUAAUAUUUAGUUCACAUAUUCAUGAACUCAUUUAUUAUCAGAUUGUUCCAGAUCCAAAAUAUACACAAUAUGGUAAGAAUAUUAAUUGA